AGGGGAGGGGUUAUGAUUGGCUGAAGUGGGUCUGUUGCCUUGGCAACGGCAAAGGGGUUUGGUAGCGUUGCUGUGCGGCGUGAUAUGUGCGCAGCGCGGAUGGAGGAAGCAGUUUGAGCAGCAGAACGCAACGACUACUGACGCGCUUCAGCGGAACACGGCUCGGCGUGCUUCAAUCAGACGUCCUUGAUUUAAUGGGUCCCAUCAUCGGGAUGUCGCCGGAUAAGAAAGCAGAAUCCCCGGCCGUGGUGGGGGAGCAGGCGGGCCUGCGUGGGGUUUGUGGGACGCUGCCCGAGGCCGAGUGCGCCGCCAGCCCUCUGGCCACCAGCCUGGACCGCAGCUCCAGCUCAGGAGACGAAGAACUCACCAACCUCAACUGGCUCCACGAGAACCUGCUCCAGAACUUCACGCUGGGCGGCCCCGAGGCCCAGUCCAGCCCCAGCCCGCUCUUCGACAUCGAGGGCAACCACGGCGCCUCCGUCAUCUCCUCGGCCGCGGCGCACGCCGGAGAGUCCGUCAAGUCCAAGCCGCCGUUCUCCUUCUCCCUGCUCAUAUACAUGGCCAUCGAACAGUCGCCCAGCAAGUCGCUGCCGGUGAAGGACAUCUACGGGUGGAUCCUGGAGCACUUCCCGUACUUCUCCAGCGCCCCCACUGGCUGGAAGAACUCGGUGCGCCACAACCUGUCCCUCAACAAGUGCUUCCGCAAGGUGGAGAGGAGCCUUGGGAAGGUUAAUGGGAAGGGCUCUCUGUGGUGUGUGGACCCCGAAUACCGACCCAAUCUGAUCCAAGCCCUGAAGAAACAGCACUUUCCCUCAGCCCACUCCUUCUGCACACCCCCUGCUUCCCCACCCAGUGCCUUCUCACCCGCACGUCACCUCUUCCUCCAGGGCUGCUCUCUCAAAGAGUCUGACAUUGAUGCCGCCACUGCUAUGAUGCUCUUAAACUCGGCCCCCGGACACCAUAGUGACCCAUGUGACCCGGACAGCCCCAUAGACCUCUCGCGCCCGGAUUCGGUCCUGGUGAGCAGCGACCCGAAGCAGGACCACAAUUACAGCAGCUCGUCCUUCCAACGCUGCUCGUCUCGCUCUUCCUCGUCCUCCUCGUCCUCGCUGUCCUCCCUGGAUGAGGCCGGCUGUGACUCGGGCCAGGGCCGCCGCGCUGGCAGCGAGGGCUUCCACAGCGACGAGGAUUCAGAGGAGGAGAGGAACCCACGUCUGCCCUCGCUCCCCAUCCGUCGCCCGCUCACCGUCAAGUGCCCUCUUCCGGUUAAACGAGCCUGUCACGAGUCCAAACCAGAACUGGACGAGGAGUUGAAGGAGGCGGCCGGGUCUCUGUUGCACCUCGCCGGGAUCCGGUCCGGCUUGGAUCUCUCCAAGCGAACGGCCAAGAGUAAAAAGCCGGAAAAGCGUCGGAAAUGAAUGGUGUUAUGACAUUUUAACCCCUGGACUGUGUAUCAGUGACUGUGCCUCCUCAUUUUUCACAUCAUUGAAACCUUCUCUCUUGUUUUUUUGCGUUUUUAUACGAGAGAAUUCCCUCCUUGACUCAAACUACGGCAAUAGCAACCCUCACGUGGAGGUGAACGAAGCCAUACUGAGACUUGCGGAGAAACGCAGGUUGUUGUGCUUCAGGACUAAGGAUUUCUCUCGGAUAGGGAGAAAUUGGUGUUUUUUUCUCUUAAACAUUUGCAUGCUUCCUCUUUAAGUGAGUGUCCUACUCUUCCAAGUGAAUCUGUGCUAUUUAUACAGAGAACGAGUGCAUGUCUUUGUUGUUCGAAGCACUAACCUCUCGUCCAUUUUAUAGACGCCAAUUACGUCAAGAUUCCUUGCUCUUUUUUUUUUUUUUUUUCUUUUUUUUAAGUACAGAACAAAGAAUGCAAUAAUUCUCAUCAGGCGGGUGGCGUUACAUUCGUUCUCCUCUUCAGAGGUGCUGGAUAUGUGUUGGGUUGUCAUCAGGUCUGAGCGGAUGUGUGCAGAAAGGAUCUACGGAUAACGGAUUACUUUGUCAUUUCUUGAAGGAUCCGUCAGUGGUGUUUGCUGAUGUUUAUGGGGUACAUCUCAUGUAAACAGGUCACACUUCACUCCAGAAUCAAAAUAAAGAAAAAUAAAUUAUAUUUUGCAUUAAAAUUAAUAUAAUUUUGCAUUGGGACAUUUUCUUUAGAAUUCCCAUUUUUCUCAAUAAUUGUAAUUACUGUAAUAAAGUAUUUUGUAGUUGCAGUUGCAGUUUUAUUUAUUUUUUUGGUAGCACAUCAGAUGUUACCAUGCUGUGAUGCUUAUUAAUAAUGUAAUAAAAAAAAAAUCUGUUAUGUUUUUACAGAUUUGAGGUGGAAUGUACAACAAUUGCAAAUUUACAUUUAUAAAUCUGCAUAAAUUAGUAUAAAAAUCAAUACAAUAAUUUCUACCUUAAUGUUAUUUUUUCCUUAUAAAUGCUUAGUUGUCAUGAAAAUGUUACAAUGCAAAAAAAAAAAAAGAAACAAAAUAUAAAUAAUAAAAAAAAUUAUUAUAAAACACUUAUUUUUAAUGAAGACUAAUAUUUUAAUGAAGUGUAUUAUUCAUAAAAAUAUUAUUUAUUUAUUUAUUUAUUUAUUUAUUAAAUUUUUUAUUUUUUUGGAGUGAAAUAUGACCUGAACAUGUUUCAUGAGAUUUACACUAUGAGCCUUUAACGAAUUUAAAAAGUAAAAAAAAGAACUGCACAACCGGAAUCAAAGCCUAAUCUUGAAUAUCAACACCGGAUCAAGAUCCACAACCAUCAGUGGAAGGAUUCAUAAACACUAACCGGCCCCAAACAGACUCUGGAACCAGUCUGAAUGAACAGCAGAGGACUGGAACACAUUUUCCCAUCAUCCUGGUUUCUUUCUCUCUGUGAUCUUUACAGAUGCUUCAUCAGCUUUCGUGUGCUAAAUGAAACAGCUUGCUGUUUGAUUCCCUCUGUUCAGAGCCUAUGCAAAAAACGAAAGCCGUGUAGCUCUAUAUUUCCUCUUGGUAUAUAUAUAUAUGUGUGUGUGUGUGAUUUAUGUAUGCAUGUGUUUCUGUGUCCAUUCGUUGUGCAUUUUAACACGGUCAGCAGACUUUAGCAGAUCAACACUGGAUUUAAACCAUUUAAAACUUGAGGAACUCGAGACUGCGGGUAGAUAUCGCAUGAAACCACUAAAGAAAAGCUCAUAUUUCACCUCAAAAUGAAAAGAAAUUCUAUUUUGCAUAAAGAAAAUGAAGAUUGAGAUUUUUUUUAUUUUUAUAUGAUGACACAUUUUUCCCCUUCAAAUGACUGAAUUCUGGGGAAAAUGGCACUUAAUAAAAUAAUUGUUAAUUGCAAAUCAUGGUAGUAUUUGUUAUUCCAUCUCUAAUUUAAAAAAAAGAAAAGAGUAUUACAGUAUUUGUAACCGUAGUAAGGUAAAAAAAAAAAAGUUGAUAUACAAGCAAAAUUAUAGCUCAAC